AUGGCCCCCAUCAAUCCCACUCUGAAGGACUACGAGAAACCCUGCAUCCGACAGCGGGUGGUCCUGAGCGGUCUCACAGAAGACAUGUGGACGGAAGAGCAUGCAGCCACCAUGGAUCUCUUCCUAAAGGACGUCACCAAUCAGCUGCUGGUGGUCUACAUUGAUGACUUUGCUGGGCUGAGAGUGGAGCUGGUCAUGCCAAGCCAGGAGCAGAGUCAGCUCACUUACUUCAUCCGCCAGCCGAAUGCAGAGAUCACGGAAGAGACUUUCCACAAGGUGGUGCAGUUCGGCACGGCCCGGAGACCCUACAUAGACUCCCUGAUGCGUUUGCUCAACGCGGUCUACCUCCCCCGGCUGUUUUGCAAGGCGGCUUGGCCCGAGAGCAUCAAGAAUGAGUUCUUCUCUGAAAUUUACCAUUUCAUGACCUCUCUCACAGACACUCGCUCUAAAAUGAGGGGGCGCACCUUUCUCUACAUCCCGCUUGAGGCUCUGGCCAUCAAAACCGAAGUUGCUGUCAAGGACAAGGCCCUGGUUCGGCGGCUGGAGACUUCCAUGAUUCACUGGACUCGGCAGAUUAAGGAGGUCCUGAGGGCCCAGGAGGCUGUCGAAAGCCGAGAGAGCUCUGGCCCCUUGGAAGAGAUCGAGUUCUGGAAGAACCGCUGCACGGACCUGUCCGAAAUCAGCAAGCAGCUCUGCAAACAGGGGGUCAGGCACAUUGAAUCCAUCUUAACUCUCUCCAAGUCUGCCUAUGUGUUGCCAUUCCAUCGACUCUCCAAACAGAUCCAGGACGGGUCAGAGCAGGCUCAGUCCAACCUCCAGUUCCUGUCCAUCCUGAGAGACCCUUUCCGGGAGCUCUCCACACUGCGCCCCAAAGAUAUCCCAGAGAAGCUGCCCUACCUCAUCAGCCUGGUCCGGAUCGUGUGGGUCAACUCCCCGUACUACAACAGCAGAGAGCGAAUCACGGGGCUCUUCCGGAAGAUGAGCAACAAAAUUAUCCUGAUGUGCUGCAAAGACAUCUCCCUGGACCGUCUCUUUGAUGGCUACGUCAUUUCCACCAGGCAGACUCUCCACGGCUGCAUCUCCUGCAUGUCAUCUUGGAAAGAGUGCUACCUGUAUGCAGCCCACAUGCACAACAAGCUUUCUGGGAAGGGCUGGGUCCUGGACCAGACCAGCAUCUUUGCCCAGGUGGAUGCCUUCGUCCAGCGCUGCAAGGACCUCUUGGAGGUCUGUGACGGCCAGCAGCACUUUGCCCGCUGGGAAGACGGCAAGCAGACUCCGCUGCCCUGCUUCUUUGGCCAGCGUGGCCCGCAGAUGACUCGGAGCUUGCUGGAGAUAGAGGAGACCUUCCACAAGUACCUCAACAAUCUUCGGAGCGUGAAAGGGGGGAUCCUGGAUGUGAAGAACACUUAUUGGCACGAGGACUUCAACCGCUUCCGUGCGGGCGUCAAAGAUUUGGAGGUGAUGACCCAGAACCUGAUCAUUUCUGCCUUCGAGACGGCGAAAGACGUCGAGCGGGGCGUGGAGAUCCAGGACAUCUUCCAUCACUUCUCCUCGCGAGAGUCCAUCAAGCGGACCUUUGACAAGAAGACAGUGGACAUCUACAUGCUCUUCAACCGGGAGCUUUCCCUGGUCAACAAAGAGCUGAGCAAGAAGAUCCCUUUCCUGCCCCCACACAUGUGCCACUACUCGGGCUUGGCGCAUUGGAUGCGUGGGUUGCGCCGGCGCAUUGACAAACCCCUGAAGUGUCUCAAGAACGCCCACUUCAUCCCCCACAUCGGGACCGGGGAGGAGAGCUUCCAGACCUACCAGCUGCUGGUCCACGCCAUGGACGAGAUUGAGAGGAAGACCUUCCAUGAAUGGACUCAGACCCUGGACAAGGACUGCCUGAAGCGCCUGGACACGCCUCUCCUCGUCCUCAGCGCCGAGAAGCCAGGGAUGCUGGACAUCAAUUUCGACAAGCACGUGCUCAAGCUGUUUGUGGAGAUCCACUAUUGGGACAGGUUGCUUUUUGAGAUCCCCCACUACGUGGUCGAGCUGUACGACAGGAGAGAGGAUUUGCGCAACCUCCGGGAGAACCUGCUGCUGGUGACGCGCGACUAUAACAGGAUCAUCAGCAUGCUGUCCACGGAGGAGAGGGGCCUCUUCCGAGAGCGUAUUCGCUACCUCGACCGGAAGAUCCAGCCCGGCCUCAAGAAGCUCCUUUGGUCCCUCAAAGGAGCCAGCACCGUCUUCAUCACUGAGUGCCGCCUUCAUGCCAGCAAGGUGCAAAACAUUGUGAACGAAUACAAGGCAGCCACCUUGGCCAUUGCUCGCCGGGCCCAGCAGAUGAGCGAGGCUCUGCUGGUCCGGAUCACGGGCAAGAGGAUCUACAACAACUUGGAAUUUGAGGAGGACCAAAAGGAGCACCGGACUUCAGUGCAGCAGAAGCUGAUCACCAUCCACGAGGAAUGCAUCACCAUCAUGCGGCAAACCUACGAAGUCUUCAAGCAUGAUGGGCCAGAGGUGCAGCAGCACUGGCUGAACUACACCAUGAAGAUGGACCGGAUGAUGGAGGAAGCCCUGCGGCUGAACGUCAAGUGGUCCCUGAUGGAGCUUUCCAAAGCCAUCAACGGGGACGGCAAGACCAGCCCCAGCCCCCUCUUCCGGGUGAAGGUGAUCCUGCAGGACUACUACCCGGUUCAGACCGCUCAGGUGGAGUUUUCUCCAACCCUCGUCCAGCUGGCCAACAUGGUCAACGACAUCAGCGCCCAGCUCAUCACCAGCAUCUCCGUCUUCCGGCGCCUCCCAGAGAUCCUCAUCAGGCGCAAGCCCACCCGUGACCCCAUCUCUCACCUUGUGGAAUUGGAUGAUGACAUCAAGAAGAUCCAGACUCAGAUCAGCAGCGGCAUGCAGAACAACGCCACCCACCUCCAGACGUACCUGAAGACCUGGGACGUGUACCGGGAGAUCUGGGAGGUUAACAAGGAUGCCUUCAUCAACCGCUACCGGCACCUCAACCCGCUGGUGUCGUCCUUCGAUGCUGACACAGCUCGGUACAUGGAGGUAGCCAACAACGUCCAGAAGGAGGAGACGGUGCUCAGCAUCCAGUUUGUGCUCCUGGACUGCUCCCACCUGAAGGCGGCGGUCGUGCAGCACUGCAACGAGUGGCAGAACAAGCUCACCAACCUGCUGAAGGAGAUGGCCAGCACCCGCCUGCAGGAGCUCCACACCUACCUCCAGCAGAAUGCCGCGGACGUCAGCCGUCCCCCGCAGACCCUGGAGGAGCUGGGCCGGAGCCUGCAGCUCCAUGAAACCCUGCAGCAGGAGCUGCCCAAGAUUGAGGGUCAAAUCCCGCCCAUCCACGAGCAGUUUGCCAUCCUUGAGAAGUACGAAGUGGCUGUGGAGGAAGAGGUGCUGCAGCUGCUGGGCGAGCUCAAUUCGGAGUGGCUGUCCUUCCAGCAGUGCAUCCUGGACAGUGAGGCCAUGCUGAAGAAGCACAAGGAGAAAUUCAAGACAGGCCUCAUCCACUGUGCCGACGAUUUCAAGAAGAAGGCCCAGAAUCUCCUUCAGGACUUUGACAUCAACGGGCCUUUCACCAGCGCCUUGUCUGCUGAUGCAGCCUUGGAGCAAAUCUACGCAAUGCGGCAGCUCCUGGCCUCCUUGAAGGAGGAGGAGAACACCCUUCGCUCCAACCUGGGGAUCUUCAAAAUUGACCAGCCCGCCUCCAAAGACCUCCAGAAGUUGGAGAGGGAGCUCGACUACAUCCAGCAGGUGUGGGAGAUCACCAAGGAGUGGGAGGUGCACUGGAACGAGUGGAAGAUGGGCAGCUUUAAGACCCUGCAGACGGAAGUGAUGGAGACCACGGCCUUCAUGCUUUACAGGAAGCUCAACAAGCUCAGCAAGGAGCUCAAAGAUCGGAACUGGGAGAUUAUAGAGACCUCCAAGGUAAAGAUAGAGCAAUUCAAACGGACGAUGCCCUUGAUCACCGAUCUCCGCAACCCAGCCUUACGAGACAGGCACUGGGAUCAGGUGAAGGACCUGGUCCUUAGAACGUUUGAUGAGACUGCGGAGGAUUUCCGGUUGGAGAACAUCAUUGAGCUGGGCCUGGAUCAGCACGUGGAGAAGAUUGCUGAGAUCUCUGCCUCAGCCACCAAGGAGCUGGCUAUCGAGCAGGCUCUUGAAAACAUUGGCAGGACUUGGGACGCAACCACGCUAGACAUUGUGCCCUACAAGGACAAGGGGCACCAUCGCAUCAGAGGGACCGAGGACGUCUUCCAGGCCCUGGACGAUAACCAAGUGGCCUUGUCCACGAUGAAGGCCUCCCGUUUCGUGAAGCCCUUCGAGAAGGAGGUGGACCGCUGGGAGCGCUGCCUCUCGCUCAUCCUGGAGGUGAUCGAGAAUCUGCUGACCGUGCAGAGGCAGUGGAUGUACUUGGAGAACAUCUUCUUGGGAGAAGAUAUCCGCAAGCAGCUGCCCAGCGAGUCAUCCUCCUUCGACCACGUCAACAGCAACUGGAAGGCGAUCAUGGACCGAUUCGUCAAGGACAACAAUGCCCUGCGGGCCACCCACUUCCCAGGCCUCCUGGAGAAACUGUUGGAGAUGAAUUCUGCCCUGGAAGACAUCCAGAAGUCCCUCGACAUGUACCUGGAGACCAAGCGCCAUGUCUUCCCCCGCUUCUACUUCCUCUCCAACGAUGACCUCCUGGAAAUCCUGGGCCAGUCGCGCAACCCCGAGGCCGUCCAGCCCCACCUCAAGAAGUGCUUUGACAACAUCAAGUGCCUCAAAAUCCAGAAGAUCGGCACGAGCAGCAGAUCAGAAGCCCUGGGCAUGUUCUCUUUAGACGGGGAGUAUGUGGAUUUUACCCACCCGGUUAUGCUGGAGGGACCCGUGGAGGAAUGGCUCUGCGACGUGGAGAGGGCCAUGCGCUGGACCUUGCGGGAGGUGCUGAGGAACUGCCGACUCGCCUUGAAGAAGAUGCUGACGAAGCGGGACAAGUGGGUGAAGGAGUGGCCUGGACAGAUGGUGAUCACUGCCAGCCAGAUCCAGUGGACAGCAGACGUGAGCAAGUGCCUGACCACCUGCCGGGAGCGAGGGGACAAGAAGUACCUCAAGGUUAUGAAGAAGAAGCAGGUGUCCAUGCUGAACAAAUACUCCGAGGCCAUUCGGGGCAACCUGACCAAGAUCAUGCGCCUGAAGAUAGUGGCGCUGGUGACGGUGGAGGUCCACGCGCGGGAUGUCAUUGAGAAGCUCUACAAGAGCGGCGCCCCGGAUGUGACGUCCUUUGAGUGGCUGAGCCAGCUUCGCCUCUACUGGGAGAAGGACCUGGACGACUGUAUCAUCAGGCAGACCAACACCCAGUUUGCCUAUGGCUACGAGUAUCUGGGGAACUCCGGGCGGCUGGUCAUCACCCCCCUCACAGACAGGUGCUACAUGACCCUGACCACUGCCCUCCACCUGCACCGGGGAGGGUCCCCCAAAGGCCCCGCCGGCACUGGCAAGACGGAGACGGUGAAGGACCUGGGCAAGGCCCUGGGCAUGUACGUGAUUGUGGUGAACUGCUCCGAGGGCCUGGACUACAAAUCCAUGGGCCGCAUGUACUCUGGCCUGGCCCAGACGGGUGCCUGGGGCUGUUUCGACGAGUUCAACCGCAUCAACAUCGAGGUGCUGUCGGUGGUGGCCCAGCAGAUCCUCUCCAUCCUCUCGGCCUUGGCGGCCAACAUGACGCGCUUCACCUUUGAAGGGCAUGAGAUCAACCUGGUCUGGUCCUGUGGCAUCUUCAUCACCAUGAACCCAGGUUACGCUGGACGCACGGAGCUGCCCGACAACCUUAAGUCCAUGUUCCGCCCCAUCUCUAUGGUAGUGCCUGACUCCACCCUCAUUGCUGAGAUCAUCCUCUUUGGAGAAGGCUUUGGCAACUGCAAGGUCCUGGCUAAGAAGGUCUACACCCUCUACUCGCUGGCGGUCCAGCAGCUGUCCAAGCAGGACCACUACGACUUUGGCCUGCGGGCGCUCACAUCUCUGCUCCGCUAUGCUGGGAAGAAGCGCCGGGUGCGCCCCGACCUUGCCGACGAGGAGGUCCUCCUGAUGGCCAUGAAAGACAUGAACAUCGCCAAACUGACCUCCAACGACGUGCCCCUUUUCAACGCCAUCAUCCAGGACCUCUUUCCGGGCAUCGAGUGCCCCUUCAUUGACUACGGCAAGAUCAAGGAAGUGCUUGAGAUGGAGUUGCGGGAGAUGGGCCUGCAGGUGAUUCCCUUCACCAUGACCAAGGUGAUCCAGCUGUACGAGACCAAAAACUCCCGCCACUCCUCCAUGAUUGUGGGCAACACAGGCAGCGGCAAGACGGUCACCUGGCGCGCCCUGCAGGCCACCCUCUGCAGCCUGCACAAGAGUGGGGACACCUCCUUCAACAUGGUCCGGGAGUUCCCCCUGAACCCGAAGUCCGUUUCCCUGGGCGAGCUGUAUGGGGAAUACAACCUCAGCACCAACGAGUGGACGGAUGGCAUUUUGUCCAGCGUCAUGCGAACAGCGUGUGCAGACGAGAAACCCGAUGAGAAGUGGAUCCUCUUUGACGGCCCCGUGGACACCUUGUGGAUUGAGAGCAUGAACUCCGUCAUGGACGACAACAAAGUCCUCACCUUGAUCAAUGGCGAGAGGAUCGCCAUGCCUGAGCAGGUCUCGCUGCUCUUUGAGGUGGAGAAUCUGUCUGUCGCGUCGCCUGCCACCGUCUCCCGCUGCGGGAUGGUUUACACUGACUACAGUGACUUGGGCUGGAGGCCGUACGUCCUUUCCUGGAUUGAAAAGCGCCCAAAGGCUGAAGCGGAGACCCUCCAGCGGAUGUUCGACAAAUUCAUCAAUAAGAUACUGACUUUCAAGAAGGAUAACUGUCAGGAGCUAGUUCCUAUCUCUGAAUACAGUGGGAUUGUGUCUCUCUGCAAGCUGUUAACGUCCCUGGCCACUCUAGAGAAUGGGGUGAAUCCUGCAGAUGUGGAGAACUACCUGACGGUAGUGGAGAUGUUUUUCAUCUUCAGCAUGAUCUGGUCCUUGUGUGCAGCGGUGGACGAAGAAGGCAGGAAGAAGAUCGACAACUUCCUGCGAGAGAUAGAGGGAUCCUUCCCCAACAAGGACACCGUCUAUGAGUACUACGUGGAUGGGAAGCGGAAGCAGUGGUCCUCGUUUGAAGACAAACUGCCCAAGAUGUGGAGAUACCCGAGCAAUGCCCCCUUCUACAAGAUCAUCGUUCCCACCGUGGACACCAUGCGCUACAACUACCUUGUCACAGCUCUCGUGUCCAACCAGAACCCCGUGCUGCUGGCCGGCCUGGUGGGGACCGGGAAGACCUCCAUUGCCCAAGGCGUGCUGCAGUCCCUCGACAGCACCAAGUGGGCCGUGCUGACCAUCAACAUGUCUGCUCAGACAACCUCAAACAACGUCCAGAGCAUCAUCGAGAGCCGCGUGGAGAAGCGCACCAAGGGCGUUUAUGUGCCGCUGGGCGGGAAGAGCAUGAUAACCUUCAUGGAUGACCUGAAUAUGCCUGCCAAGGACCUCUUUGGCUCACAGCCGCCUCUGGAGCUGCUCCGCCUCUGGCUGGACUACGGCUUUUGGUACGACCGGGCCAAGCAGACCAUCAAGUACAUCAAGGACAUGUUCCUGAUGGCAGCCAUGGGGCCCCCCGGAGGAGGCCGAACGGUGAUCUCCAGCAGGCUCCAGAGCCGCUUCAAUCUCAUCAACAUGACCUUCCCCACAGAGUCCCAAAUCCGACGCAUCUUUGGCACCAUGAUAAACCAGAAGCUGCAGAACUUCGACGAGGGGGUGAAGCCCGUUGGGAACAUCAUCACCGAGGCCACCAUGGAGCUGUACAACAGCGUGGUCCAGAAGUUCUUGCCCACCCCAGCCAAGAUCCACUACCUCUUCAACCUGCGGGACAUCUCCAAGGUGUUCCAGGGCAUGCUGCGGGCACACAAGGAUUUCCAUGACACGAAAGCCAGCCUGACACGUCUGUGGAUUCACGAGUGUUUCAGGGUCUUCUCUGACCGCCUGGUGGACGUUCAGGACAUGGAAGCCUUUAUUGUCCUCUUGAGUGAGAAACUGGGCACAUCUUUUGACCUGACCUUUCACAAUCUGUGCCCCAACAAACGCCCUCCUAUCUUUGGGGACUUCAUGCGCAACGUGUACGAGGACCUGACGGACAUGGCUGUUCUGAAGGCAGAGAUGGAGCGGACGUUGGCUGACUACAACCGGAGUCCGGGAGUGGUGCCGAUGAGGCUGGUGCUCUUCCGAGAUGCGAUUGAGCACAUAACUCGCAUCGUCCGGGUGAUCAGCCAGCCCCGUGGGAACAUGCUGCUGGUUGGCAUCGGAGGCAGCGGACGCCAGAGCCUGGCCCGCCUGGCCUCAUCCAUCUGCGAGUACUACAUCUUCCAGAUCGAGGUCUCCAGGCAGUACCGCAAGCAGGAGUUCCGGGAAGACAUCAAGAGGCUCUACCGCCAGACAGGGGUCGAGCAGAAGCCCACCACCUUCCUCUUCGUGGACACUCAGAUUGCGGACGAAUGCUUCCUGGAGGACAUUAACAACAUCCUCAGCUCCGGAGAGGUGCCCAACCUCUACAAGCCAGAUGAGUUUGAAGAGAUCCAGACCCACAUCAUAGACGCUGCUCGGGCCGAGGGCAUCCAGGAGAGCCAGGACAGCCUCUUUGCCUACCUGAUCGAGAGGGUGCGGAACAACCUGCACGUGGUGUUGUGCUUGAGCCCCGUGGGUGACCCCUUCAGGAACCGGAUUCGCCAGUACCCGGCCCUGGUGAACUGCACCACCAUCAACUGGUUCUCCGAGUGGCCGAAGGAGGCCCUCUUGGAGGUGGCUGAGAAGUACUUGGAGGGCGUGGAUCUCGGAAGCGUGGAAAGGGGAAGCACUGAUACGAUCCAUAAGCGAGUGGCGAGGAUCUUUGUCACCAUGCACGGGUCCGUGGUCCAGUACUCGCAGAAAAUGCUGCUGGAGCUCCGGCGCCAUAACUACGUCACCCCCACCAACUACCUGGAGCUGGUGUCUGGCUACAAGAAGCUCCUGGCAGAGAAGCGGAAGGAGCUGGCUGAGCAGAUCAACAAGCUCCGCAACGGGCUCUUCAAGAUCGACGAGACCCGGCAGAAGGUCGAGGUGAUGACGCUGGAGCUGGAGGAAGCCCGGAGGAAGGUGGCCGAGUUCCAGAAGCAGUGUGAGGAGUACCUGGUCAUCAUUGUCCAGCAGAAGCGAGAGGCUGACGAACAGCAGAAGACCGUGUCCGCCAACAGUGAGAAGAUUGCCGCCGAGGAGAUCAAGUGCAAAGCUUUGGCGGACAACGCCCAGAAGGACCUGGAGGAGGCCUUGCCUGCCCUGGAGGAGGCCAUGAAGGCCUUAGAGUCACUCAACAAGAAGGACUUGACCGAGAUUAAGUCUUAUGGCCGACCGCCCACCCUGGUGGAGACGGUCAUGCAGGCGGUCAUGAUCCUGCGAGGCAGUGAACCCACGUGGGCUGAAGCCAAGAAGCAGCUGGGUGAGCCGAACUUCAUUAAGCAGCUAGUCUACUUCGACAAGGACAACAUCUCCGACAAGGUGCUGAAGAAGAUCAGCGCCUACUGCUCCCAGCCGGACUUCCAGCCGGACAUCAUCGGGCGGGUCUCAUUGGCGGCAAAGUCCCUCUGCAUGUGGGUGCGAGCCAUGGAGAUGUACGGCCGCAUUUACCGCGUGGUGGAGCCAAAGCGCAUUCGCAUGAACGCUGCCUUGGCCCAGCUGGCAGAGAAGCAGGCGGCCCAGGCGGAGGCACAAGAGAGGCUGCGUGAGGUGGCUGAGAAGCUGGAGAUGCUCAAGAAAGAGUACGAGGAGAAGCUGGCCCAGAAAGAGGAGCUGCGCAAGAAGUCGGAGGAGAUGGAAAUCAAGUUGGACCGGGCGGACAAGCUGGUCUCUGGCCUGGCGGGAGAGAAAAUCCGAUGGGAGGAAACCAUGAUGGGCCUGAUAGAAGACCUGGGUUACCUGGUAGGGGACUGUCUGCUGGCAUCAGCUUUCCUGUCCUACAUGGGGCCCUUCCUGUCCUAUUACCGGGACGAGAUUCUCUCCCACAUCUGGGUCAGACAGAUCCGGGAACUCCAGGUGCCCUGCUCUCCCGGCUUCACUUGCGACGGCUUCCUCUCCAACCCGACCAUCGUGCGCAACUGGAACAUCCAGGGGCUGCCCUCGGACAACUUUUCCACCGAGAAUGGAAUCAUCGUCACAAGGGGCAACCGGUGGCCCCUGAUGAUCGACCCACAGUGCCAGGCCACCAAGUGGAUCAAGAACAUGGAAGCCAAGAAAGGCCUCAAGAUCAUUGACUUGCAGAUGCCCGACUACAUGCGCAUCCUGGAGAGCGCCAUCCAGUUUGGCUCUCCUGUGCUGCUGCAGAAUGUGCAAGAGGAGCUGGACCCCACGCUGGCCCCCAUCCUUAACAAGUCGGUCACCAAAGUAGGUGGCCGUCUGCUGAUCAGGCUGGGAGACAAGGAAGUGGACUAUCACCCGGAAUUCCGCUUCUACCUCACCACCAAGCUGUCCAACCCGCACUACACCCCGGAGACCUCCUCCCAGACCACCAUAGUCAACUUUGCUGUCAAGGAGCAGGGUUUGGAGGCCCAGCUCUUGGGGAUUGUGGUGCGGAAGGAGAGGCCCGAGCUGGAGGAACAGAAGGACUCCCUGGUGCUCAACAUCGCCGCGGGGAAAAGGAAGCUGAAGGAACUGGAGGAUGAGAUCCUGAGGCUGCUGAACGAAGCGACGGGCUCCCUCUUGGACGACGUGCAGCUGGUGAACACGCUGCAGACCUCGAAGACAACGGCCACCGAGGUCACGGAUCAGCUGGAGACCAGCGAGAUGACAGAGAUCAAGAUUGACACCGCUCGGGAGGCCUACCGCCCCUGCGCUCAGAGGGCGUCCAUCCUCUUCUUUGUCCUCAAUGACAUGGGCAGGAUCGACCCCAUGUACCAGUUCUCCCUGGACGCCUACAUCGACCUGUUCAACCUCAGCAUCCAGAAGAGCCACCGGAGUGCCAAGCUGGAGGAGAGGAUCCGCUAUCUCAACGAGUACCACACCUAUGCGGUCUACAGAUACACCUGCCGGGGCCUCUUCGAGCACCACAAGCUGCUCUUUAGUUUCCAGAUGUGCGCCAAGAUCCUGGAGGUGUCCGGAAACCUCAAGAUGGAUGAGUACAACUUCUUCUUGCGGGGGGGAGUGGUGCUGGACAGGGAAGGGCAGAUGGACAAUCCCUGCACCAGCUGGCUGGCCGACGUCUACUGGGACAACAUUACCGAGCUGGACAAGCUCACCAACUUCCACGGCAUCAUGAACUCUUUUGAGCAGUACCCCCGCGACUGGAACCUUUGGUACACCAACUCCAAGCCCGAGAAGGCCAUGCUACCAGGCGAGUGGGAGAACUCCUGCAACCAGAUGCAGCGGAUGCUCGUUGUCCGGUCCCUGCGGCCAGACCGUGUGGCCUUCUGCGUCACUGCCUUCAUCGUCUCUAACCUGGGCUCCCAGUUCAUCGAGCCCCCAGUGCUCAACAUGAAGUCGGUGGUGGAUGACUCCACGACAAAGACCCCCCUGAUCUUUGUGCUGUCGCCCGGCGUAGACCCCACCUCCUCCCUGCUUCAGCUGGCGGAGCAGUCGGGCAUGUCCCAGCGCUUCCAUGCCCUCUCGCUAGGCCAGGGCCAGGCCCCGAUUGCCACCCGCAUGAUCAAAGAUGGCGUCUAUCAAGGCAACUGGGUGUUCUUGGCCAACUGCCACCUCUCGCUCUCCUGGAUGCCCCAACUGGACAAGCUGGUGGAGCAGCUGCAGGUGGAAGAGCCGCACCAGUCCUUCCGCCUGUGGCUCAGCUCCAGCCCCCACCCGGACUUCCCCAUCUCCAUCCUGCAGGCGGGCAUCAAGAUGACCACGGAGCCCCCCUCGGGCCUGAAGGCAAACAUGAAGCGCCUCUACCACCUCAUCACAGAGCCCCAGUUCACCCGCUGCACGAAGCCCACCAAGUACAAGAAGCUGCUCUUCGCCCUCUGCUUCUUCCACAGCAUCCUGCUGGAACGCAAGAAGUUCCUCCAACUGGGCUGGAACAUCAUCUACGGGUUCAACGACUCAGACUUUGAGGUGUCCGAGAACCUCCUGAGCCUGUACCUGGACGAGUAUGAGGAGACGCCCUGGGAUGCCCUCAAGUACCUGAUCGCCGGCGUCAACUACGGGGGCCACGUGACGGACGACUGGGACCGGCGCCUCCUCACCACCUACAUCAAUGACUACUUCUGCGAGCAAACUGUGGCCACCAACUUGUACAAGCUCUCUUCACUGGACACUUACUUCAUCCCCAAGGACGGCAACCUGGGGUCCUACAAGGAGUACAUCAGCUUGCUGCCCGGCAUGGACCCCCCGGAAGCCUUUGGGCAGCACCCCAACGCCGACGUGGCCUCCCAGAUCACCGAGGCCCGGACGCUCUUUGAGACCCUCCUCUCCCUGCAGCCCCAGACCGCGCCCCGGGGGGUGGCCGGGCAGAGCCGUGAGGACAAGGUGCUGGAGAUCUCGGCCGACGUGCGCAGCAAGAUCCCGGAGGAGAUCGAUUACGAGGGCACCCGCAAAAUGCUCUCCACGGAUCCCUCCCCGCUCAACGUGGUCCUGCUGCAGGAGAUCCAGCGCUACAACUCCUUGCUGCAAGUCAUCAAUUCCUCCCUGGUGGAGCUGGAGAAGGGCAUCCAGGGCCUGGUGGUCAUGUCAACGGACCUGGAGGAGAUCUUCAACUGCAUCUUUGAUGCCCGCGUGCCCCCCAUGUGGGAGAGGGCGUAUCCCUCCCAGAAGCCGCUGGCCGCCUGGACCCGAGACCUGGGCCAGCGGGUGGAGCAGUUUGCCCGCUGGGCCAAGACGGCACACCCUCCGGUGCUCUUCUGGCUCUCCGGCUUCACCUUCCCCACGGGGUUCCUGACCGCCGUCUUGCAGGCUGCUGCGCGAAUGAACAACAUCUCUGUGGACACCCUGUCCUGGGAGUUCAUCGUCUCCACGGUGGACGACAAUAACCUGGUAUACCCCCCCAAGGAAGGCGUGUGGGUCCGGGGCCUCUUUCUGGAGGGAGCCGGUUGGGACAAGAAGAACUCCUGCUUGGUGGAGGCAGAACCCAUGCAGCUGGUCUGCCCCAUCCCCACCAUCCACUUCAAGCCCGUGGAGAACAAGAAGAAGAGCGCCAAAGGGAUGUAUUCUUGCCCUUGCUACUACUACCCCAACCGGGCCGGCACCUCCGGGCGGCCCUCCUUUGUCAUUGGCAUCGACCUGCGGUCAGGAGCAACCCCCUCCGACCACUGGAUCAAGCGAGGGACCGCUCUGCUGAUGAGCCUGGACAUCUGA